CUCUACAGUAGACGCCGGAGGCGGGUGCUCGUGCUCCGGAUCCUUUCUGCAACAAAGCACCGAUAUUGGUGCGGGACAGCAAAUCACCGCUACGAGUCCUCGCACCGCUGCGCAUGCUUUUGUCUGUAAUUGCCCGAACAGGAGCCACGGUGAAGAAGAUGCAGCUGUUGGAAGUCGCGCCGAAUCUCAAGACACGGACGACAGCCACGACCUCGCAUCUGCUCGUCCUGAGAAACUACAGGUACUCAUUCUUUCACUUUCGCCUGAUGGACACAGGACGACGAGCACAGCUGUUACAACAUAAGCCUAUCCCUGCCGCAUCUACUCGCGAACCUCCAUGCGAAAUGAAGAAUUACCAUUGUAAGCAGUAGCAUGCCUCUUUUUUCUUUUCGUGCCGAAUCGGAAUCUCGUUUUCUGUUGCCUUCACAGGCACAAACUUGUCGGAAAAUUUAUAUAUCAGGACGAAGACGACGAUGACGAAACCGGAACUGCUGCAGAAAAGGAGCGGGAAAAUUGGAAAGAUCCAACUACCUUUUUGACGGUGGUCUGAAAGAAGUACAAGAAGGAGCGGAGAGUAGUGGAACAAAGCUACCUCGACUCAUUUCUCUUGUUUGUCAAACGCAGACACGCGACGGACUGGCUAAGUAAGUAAGGUCGAAAGCAACUGCUCGCUGAAUCAAUAAGACACCUCAUCGUACUCUAGGAAGUUUCAGGUCUUCCUUCGAACUUCGAAUUUUGCACUUUGAUACAGUUUGUUAUUGUUUCGAUUUCUGCCCGUAACCGUGAACACAUCAGUUGUCAAAUCAAAUAUGAUCCCCUCUUCCUAUUAUGUGUCCGUUGGAAAAGGCGGGGACGCACGACACUGUCACUGACUCGACAGUAAGUAGCCCUACCCCAUCAAGCUUGUGACUCAUAUUUUCAGUGUCUGUUCCCAGACUAAAGUGAAGGUAAGGAGUUUCGUUUAUUUUCCCCCCUGAAUUCAUAAUCGCUCUACCGCCCAGAUGAAUCACGAUUACUUAACUGCGUCAUCCUUGCUGCAGUCCGCUGUUUCCAAAUAACUAACUGUGCGGCUAAUGUACCGCUUGGCGGGUCGCGAAAGAAAUCACCGUACCUGAUGACGA